AUGGGUGGAGACAGAGAAGAUACAGUGCACUACGCCCUCUCCCCAAUGAUCUCGGCAGAGACAAAUGAAGAGCUAAUCCGCAUACCAUCUGCAUUGGAGAUUAAAGAGGCAGCAUUCUCUGUUCACGCAGACAAAGCGCCGGGGCCUGACGGUUUCUCGGCCAGCUUCUUCCACACAAACUGGGAAAAUAUAGGAGCAGAUAUAGUCAAGGAAAUCCAGGAGUUCUUUGUGUCGGAUAAGCUGCCUGACAAGAUCAACGAAACCCAUAUCCGGCUCAUCCCGAAGAUUCAAAGCCCGAAGACAGUUGCGGAAUACAGGCUCAUCGCUCUCUGCAAUGUCUACUACAAGAUCAUCUCCAAGAUCUUGACCAAGAGACUGCAGCCACUGUUAUCGAACAUCAUCUCGGAGAACCAGUCCGCCUUUGUCCCGGGCCGGGCAAUAUCGGACAAUGUCCUCAUCACUCAUGACGUCCUUCACUAUCUCAAGACGUCCAAGGCUGAGAAGAGAGUAUCUAUGGCGGUUAAAACCGACAUGAGCAAAGCCUACGAUAGGCUCGAAUGGGACUUCAUCAGAUUGGUAUUUCAACGCCUCGGUUUCCACCCGAAGUGGAUCAAAUGGAUUAUGCAGUGUGUCUCUACUGUUACUUACUCCUUCCUCAUUAACGGCUCGCCUAGAGGAAGAGUCACACCGAGUAGAGGUAUCCGUCAAGGAGACCCUCUCUCACCAUACAUCUUUAUCUUGUGUAGUGAGGUCCUCUCGGGUCUAUGUAACAAAGCGCAAGAGGAAGGAACCCUUAAAGGGGUCCGUGUAGCACGAGGGUGUCCUCGCCUCAACCAUCUCCUCUUCGCCGACGACACAAUGUUUUUCCUUAGAGCAAGCAAGGAAAAUGGCGAGGCUUUAUGCCGAUUACUGAAGCGAUAUGAGGAGGCUUCCGGGCAGUCAAUCAACACAGGAAAAUCUUCGAUUAACUUCUCUCGGCACGCACCGACAGCUCUCAAAUCAGCUAUCAAGGAUGCUCUUUCUAUCCAGAAAGAGGGAGGUACCGGCAAAUACCUCGGACUCCCAGAGCUAUUUGGAAGGAAGAAGCGAGAUCUUUUCUCAUCUAUUGUGGAUCGGAUAAAGCAAAAAGCAUGUGGCUGGUCAAACAGGUUCUUAUCUACUGCGGGAAAGAUGACUAUGCUCACCAGUGUAUUAUCUCCCAUUCCAUCGCACGCCAUGUCCUGUUUCCAGUUACCGAUAUCUCUGUGCAAGAGAAUUCAAUCAACGUUGACUCGAUUCUGGUGGGACACAAACAUAGGAGAUAAGAAGAUGGCUUGGAUUGCUUGGUCUAAGCUGGUGCAACCGAAAGAUAGUGGAGGUUUAAACUUCAGAGAUAUACAGAGCUUUAAUGAAGCUUUCCUCGCAAAGCUGAGCUGGAGAAUCAUCAACCAUCCCGACAGCCUACUUGGAAGAGUUCUACUUGGAAAAUAUUGCAGUGAGGAGAGCUUCUUAGAAUGCUCAGGAAAAACUGCUAUCUCGCAUGGCUGGCGUGGAGUUUUGAUUGGACGCGAUAUCAUUGUCAACUCCGCAGGAUGGGAAGUAGGCAAUGGCUCCAGCAUCAACAUCUGGGAAAAACCAUGGCUCAGUUGCUCCACACAGCUGAGACCCAUGGGACCACCACCGAGAGAAUUCUCACAUCUCACAGUGUCUGACCUCAUGCUCCCGGACCGAAAUGAAUGGGAUAUUGGGAUGAUCCAGCGUGUGCUCCCAUUUGAGGAACAGAGAAUUUUAGCCAUUAAGCCAAGCUUAACCGGGGCUCCGGACAAACUCUCAUGGCUGAGCACUGACACAGGAGAUUACUCUACCAAAACCGGCUAUGCUGCAGUCCUCUCUUCUCGAACCGCAGAGGAUACAGUAAGCACGGAGGAUGCAUCCUACGACUGGAAGAAGAAUGUUUGGAAAAUCCAAACAGCACCAAAGAUCAAGCUGUUCAUCUGGAAAGCGCUUCAUGGGGCGCUACCUGUGGGCGAAGCUCUCAAAGCCCGGGGAAUCAACACCAAUGGACAGUGCAAACGAUGUAAUCUACCUGAAUCUAUUGAUCAUCUGCUUUUUCAUUGCGACUUUGCUAGACAGGUUUGGGAAUCAGCCCCUGUCUCCCCAAGCAUUGAAUACAGAGCCCUUGCCCUUUGGAUCAUUUGGCAACUAUGGCUAGCUCGUAACAAGUUAGUUUUUGAAGGAAAGAUCAUCACGGUGGAGGAAACAAUAUCCAGAGCAACCGCUUGCGCCCGAGAAUGGAUAUCUAGCCAAAUUCAGCUGUCUGUAACAAAACAAGCACUACCACCCAGACCCCCGCUUCAUGACUGCGUUUUGGUGAGAACCGAUGCUGCAUGGAACGAGAAUUUAAAAAUUGCAGGGCUGGGAUGGACAACUAAUCGAGAGGAGAGAGUCUUCCAAUCCUCGACCACUGCGCAGCAUGUUGAGUCCCCUCUUGCAGCAGAAGGACUGGCGAUGAGGGAAGCCCUCCUAAAGUGCAGAGAAAUUGGCCUCCCCAAGCUUAGAUGUGAGUCGGAUUCGGCGAUCCUCAUCAAAGCUAUUAACUUGCGCUCCCCACUAGUUGGUUUGUAUGGCAUUUUAGCUGACAUUUAUUCUAUUGCCUCUUCUUUUGAAUCCAUCUCGUUCACAUGGAUCUCGCGUGAGAGAAACAGUGUAGCGGAUGAACUGGCGAAGAAUGUUUUAUCUUCGGAGCUGGCCAUUAUGGCGGCAACAAACCUUGUUUCGAACGUUUGA